AGGACCCUACCAAACCAACCAAAGAGGCCUAAUAUAUAUGACAAAAAAGCAAAUGACAGCAACGGGCGGAGCAUCUGCCUUGCUCGCAUCGUCCGAUACCUCUUCCCAUCCUGCCAGAAGCUGCUGACGUUUCGAGCUCGCCGCCUGCAAGUAUACAUAGAUUUACAUUGGAUCGACGCCAUCGCCACUACGAACUACGACUCGAUCGCAAGCUUCCCCAGUAGCCAUGGAGGCCACGGCACCAGCAAACCUUUUCUACGCUGCUUUCCUUUUUCUGUCGGUACUGUAUCUCGCCGUCACCCGGCGCCGCACCAGCCGCCUGCCGCCUGGACCGACGGGCCUACCGCUUGUGGGCAGCCUCCCUUUCCUCGACCGGAACCUACACGCCUGCUUCGCUGGCCUCGCCGCGAAGUACGGUCCUGUCUUCGCCAUCCGUCUGGGCUCCAAGGUGGAAAUCGUUGUCACCUCCCCGGAGCUGGCCCACGAGGUCCUCCGUGACAAGGACCCUGUCUUCUCCAACCGCGUCAUCCCCGACGCCGGCCGCGCGGUGGCGUUCGACGGCGUGGAGAACAUCGUGGGCGUCCCGGUCGGACCCAAGUGGCGCCUGCUCCGGCGCCUCUGCGCGCAGGAGAUGCUGAGCCCCGCAGGCCUCGACAGCCUGUACGGCCUUCGCCGGCGCGAGUUCAGGUCUACCCUGCGCUACCUCUACUCCCAGUCCCAGGCCGGCGAGCCGGUGGACCUCGGCGCCCUGAUGUUCGUCAACAUGAUGAACGUGGUCACCAGCACCCUCUGGGGUGGCACCAUCGGGAGCGAGAGCGAGCGAGCUGCCAUAGGGAAGGAGUUCAGGGCACUCGUCGCCAAGUUGACCGAGCUCCUCGGCACGCCCAACCUAUCCGACUUCUUUCCGGUGCUAGCGCCGUUCGACCUGCAGGGCGUCCGGAAGAAGAUGGAGCGGAUCAGGGUGCGCUUCGACCAGAUAUUCGACAAGAUCAUCCAGCAGAGGGUGAACGCCCAGCAGGACGGCAGCAAGAUGGCCACUGACUUCCUCGAGUGCAUGCUCAAGAUGGAGAGGGAAGGCGGGGACGGCAAGGCCACCUUCACUAUGACUGACGUCAAGUCUCUGCUCCUGGACAUGGUGGUCGCCGGGACGGAGACCAUGUCAAAUACCGUGGAAUGGGCCAUCGCAGAGAUGCUGCAGAAACCUGAGGUUCUUCGGAAGGUGCAAGAAGAGCUCGACAAGGUGGUGUCCAGGGACGCCAUCGUGGAGGAGUCCCAGCUUCCUGAGCUCCGCUACCUCCGGAUGGUGAUCAAGGAAACGCUCCGGCUGCACCCAGCACUGCCCCUCAUGGUGCCGCACUCCCCGAGCGAAGAGUCCACGAUCGGCGGGUUCCACGUCCCGGCCGGCUGCCGCGUCUUCGUCAACGUCUGGGCCAUCCACAGGAACCCCCUGGUGUGGAGCGAGCCUCUCGAGUUCAACCCCGAGAGGUUCAGCGGGGACGACGACGGCCGCAGGUGGGAUUUCACGGGCAGACAGUUCGACUACCUCCCCUUCGGGUCCGGGAGGAGGAUCUGCGCCGGCAUCGCCAUGGCCGACAAGAUGACUACGUACUCGCUGGCCAUGCUGCUGCAGGCGUUCGACUGGAAGCUGCCGCAGGGUACCGAGCUGGACCUAUCCGAGAAGUUCGGAGUCGUGAUGAAGAAGGCUACGCCACUGAUGGUCAUACCCAAGUCAAGGUUCCCUAAGCCCGAUCUGUAUUGUUCCUGAGCAAGACCUCAGAUAUCAUCGUGUCGAUCUUUCCCACAAACGCUGUCAAAUAAUCCUGAUAUAUACCCAGAACCGUUCUAUAUUGUACUCCUUCCGUAAUUUGCUUGGGUGAGUACAGUAAACGUGUGGUACAGUACAACAGAUGAACAGAACAGGUGUAAAUCAAUAUAUAUAGUAAUAUUUUCUCAUGAUCUUAAUUAUCUAAAA